AUGGAGCAGAACCAGCUGGACCGGGAAACCUUCUCCUGCUCGAUCUGUCUGGAUCUACUGAAGGGUCCGGUGACUAUUCCCUGUGGACACAGCUACUGUAUGAAGUGUAUUAAAGGACACUGGGAUGGAGAGGAUCAGAGAGGAAUCCACAGCUGCCCUCAGUGCAGGGAGACCUUCAUACCGAGGCCUGUUCUGAAGAAAAACACCAUGUUAGCAGCUUUGGUGGAGCAGCUGAAGAAGACUGGACUCCAAGCUGCUCCUGCUGAUCACUUCUAUGCUGGACCUGAAGAUGUGGAUGACCAUAACGGCCACGACACAGUCCCAGCUGCAGCAGAAAGGACUGAGAGGCAGAUAGAGCUGGAGGUGAGACGAGAAAACAUCCAGCAGAGAAUCCAGGACAGAGAGAAAGAUGUGAAGCUGCUUCAACAGGAGCUGGAGGCCAUCAACUACUCUGCUGAUAAAACAGUAGAGGACAAUGAGAAGAUCUUCAGGGAGCUGAUCCGUCUCAUCCAGAAAAGAAGCUCUGAUGUGAAGCAGCAGAUCAGAUCCCAGCAGGAAACUGAAGGGAGUCGAGUCAAAGAGCUUCAGGAGAAGCUGGAGCAGGAGAUAAUAGAGCUGAAGAGAAAAGACGCUGAGCUGAAGCAGCUCUCACACACAGAGGAUCACAACCAGUUUCUCCACAACUACCCCUCACUGUUAGCACUCAGUGAGUCUACACACUCAUCCAGCAUCAAGAUCCGUCCUCUGAGCUACGCCGAGGAUGUGACAGCAGCUGUGUCAGAGCGCAGAGAUCAACUACAGGACAUCCUGAGAGACGCAUGGACAAACAUCUCACUGAGACUCACUGAGGUGGAUAUUUCACUGUCAGAACCAGAACCGAAGAGCAGAGCUGGAUUCUUGAAAUAUUCAUGUGAAAUCACACUGGAUCCAAACACAACACACCGUUAUCUGGCACUUUCAGAGGGGAACAAGAAGGUGACAUGGAUGAAUCAACCUCAGUCUUAUUCAAGUCACCCAGACAGAUUCAUUGAUUGGUUUCAGGUUCUGAGUAGAGAGAGUCUGACUGGAUGUUUUUACUGGGAGGUGGAGCGGAGAGGGUUAGUUCAUGUAGCAGUCGCAUACAAGAAUAUCAGCAGAGCAGGAAGAGGGGAGGAACAUGGAUUUGGAUUUAAUGAUAAAUCUUGGGUAUUAAUUUGUGGCAAAAACGAUUUUCAAUUUGGUCACAACAGCAUCCGGACCUCCAUCUCUGGUCCAGUUUCCUCCAGAGUAGGAGUGUACCUGGAUCACAGAGCAGGUAUUCUGUCCUUCUACAGCGUCUCUAAAACCAUGACUCUCCUCCACAGAGUCCAGACCACGUUCACUCAGCCGCUACAUGCUGGACUUGGGGUUGGUUUUCAAAGUUCUGCUAAGUUCUAUAAACCCAAACAGAAAUAAUCCACUGAAGUUUCAGUGAGUUUGUUUCUAAUUUUUAAUUUUACAGGAGAUUUAUUUUCUUAAUCAUUGUUGUUUUAUGUUUAAACUGCACCAAAAUUAUUUGUCAGAGAUUGUCAGAACUUGUUUUUCUUCAUAUUUCAUCUUCUGUUUCUGUUGAAUUUGCUCAUUUCUCAACAUUUUGGUCUUAAACAGCUUAUCAGCCCUAGAACAUUUGCUUUUUCCCUUCUUGUUACUUCCAGCAGCAAAGACCGUGAACUCAGUAAUACAUUUUUUUAAUGAUUUAAAAAAGAGGCACACAUUCUUUGAUCGUUUUUUUU